CAUGAAAGCAAAUCAGUAUCUGGACAGACACAUCACAGGCUAGCACCAUUUCUUUUCUCUGUCCCUGUCUCUUUUAUUUGUUCUGUACGAACUACUCUCAACUCCACUCCACCGCAUUCUCUCUGACUCCGCCAUGGAAGGCCGCAUCUAUGGCUUCACAGUUCCUCUCCUCCUCCUUCUCCUCCUCAUCCCCACUUUAGCAUUACCGGAGAAUCCAAAAACACCUUCAUCAACGAGUCAGAUAAACUCCAACUCAGUCCUGGUUGCUCUUCUUGACUCGCAUUACACUGAACUCGCUGAGCUUGUAGAAAAGGCCAUGCUUCUGCAGAAGCUAGAAGACACCGUCGCCGCCCACAACAUCACCAUCUUCGCCCCCACCAACGAAGCACUGGAACGCAACCUCGACCCUGAUUUCAAACGCUUCCUCCUCGAACCCGGUAAUCUCCACUCCCUCCAGACCCUGCUUUUGUUUCAUGUCAUUCCGACCCGAAUAGGAUCUGAUUACCCACACGGGUCGACCCGUCAUCUCACCCUCUCCAACCACCACCUCCGCCUCAAGAAGAAUCUCACCGCCGGAGACUGGACUGUCGACCGGGUCACGGUAACUCACCCGGAAGUCGUGACCCGACCCGAUGGUGUCAUACAUGGAAUCUCUCGCCUUCUAGUUCCGCGUUCCGUCGAGGACGAAUUCAACCGCCGACGGAAUCUCCGCGCCAUUACCGCCGUGAAGCCAGAGGCCGCGCCGGAGGUUGACCCCAGAACCCACCGAUUGAAGAAAACACCUCCCGCGGCGAAACCCGGUUCCUCGCCGGCACUCCCAAUCUAUGAAGCUCUUGCCCCAGGACCCUCUCUUGCUCCGGCGCCAGCUCCGGGCCCUGGUGGCCCCCACCACCACUUCAACGGCGAGGCGCAGGUGAAGGAUUUCAUCCAAACCCUGCUUCACUAUGGCGGGUACAACGAGAUGGCUGACAUUCUGGUGAACCUUACGUCGCUGGCUACCGAGAUGGGUCGUUUGGUGUCGGAGGGUUAUGUUCUGACUGUAUUAGCUCCGAACGAUGAGGCUAUGGCGAAGCUGACGACGGAGCAGCUGAGCGAACCGGGUGCGCCGGAGCAGAUAAUGUACUACCAUUUGAUACCGGAGUAUCAGACGGAAGAGAGCAUGUACAAUGCGGUGAGAAGGUUCGGGAAGGUGAACUACGAUACCCUGCGGUUGCCGCACAAGGUGGUGGCUAAGGAGGCUGAUGGGUCGGUCAAGUUCGGCCAUGGAGACGGGUCGGCUUAUUUGUUCGACCCGGAUAUCUUUACCGAUGGCCGGAUCUCGGUCCAGGGGAUUGACGGGGUUUUGUUUCCGAUGGAGGAGGCGCCGGAGGAGGUUAAACCCGAUUCGCAGACGGGUCAACCCGCUAAAGUGGUGGUUAAGCAUAGAAGAGGAAAAUUGUUGGAAGCAGCAUGCAAGAUGCUUGGAACCUUUGGACAGCAUUCUAGAUUCUCCUCUUGCCAAUGAAGAAACCCACGUUUUUUUUCUGCCUUGCUUGAUUCCUUUAAACAAGAUGCACAUAUUGGUGGAGAUCUAAAAGAUUUCAAAAAGUCAAAUAUGAAGGACAUCUAGCUUGAAUGGAUACUAGUCAUCUGCUAUGGGUGUGAUUUUCCCACAUUUUUGUAUUGCUCUUUUUCUUUCAUCAUCCAUUAUUUUCUUCUCGCGGAUUCGAGUCCUAGACGAGUGAGCAAUAGAUUCUCUAGUACUCUCUCUACCCGUCAUAAGAUAUAGUGCUUACAUGUAUUCAGAUUCAAAUAGUUCUGCUACUCCAAUUUCAUAGGUGGUUGUGUUGGUGGGGUUGAAGGUUUUUUGUAACUAGGCAUUGAUCAGUAAUUAAUUUUGCUGAAGAAAUGGAAAUACAGUAAUAAAAAGAUUCUUUGCUGUAAUGUAACAUUCUUCUCUGCUGUUCAUAACACUUUCUUCUUUUCUCUA